AUGGAACGAGGAGAAAAUCCAUCAGACCUCUUCGAUAACAUCGAUGCCGACGACGGCGUGAUGGUGAACCCGACCCCGUUAUCUGCACCGUUCGUGGUUAACCCGAAACCCAAUUAUUGUAGAGAUGAAUAUGAAAUGGAAGGAGGCAACUCCGACGGUCGCAACAUCGAUUCUGGCAACAACAUGGGUAUUUUCGAAAUCCCUUCAUCCGAAGACAAUAAUCCGAAUGACAUGAGUUUUCGAGAAGGAACUGAUAUUAUUGUGCCUAUUGUUGGAAUAAAGUUCCAAGAUGAGAAUGAGGUGUUCGAAUUUUACAAGAACUACGCAUACCAAGUCAGAUUUUCGGUGAGGAAAAGAAAUUCAAGGAAGGGUGAGUAUGGGGUUGUGCAUUAUGUCACUUUCACAUGUAGUCAGGAGGGCCAUCGAACUAGUGGCUCAAAUUCAAUCCUAAAGCCUCAACCAACAAUACAAACAGGUUGUAAAGCAAGAUUGACAGCAUGUUCAGAAUUUAGUGGCGCAUGGCCCAUAGUUGAAGCUAGUGGUUAUGAAAAUAUUAUGUGCGUUGAGAAAGAUUGUAGAAAUUUCAUUGAUAAAGUCCGACGAUUAAGACUAAGUGAAGGAGAUGCUCUUGCAAUACAAGCUUAUUUUACGAAGAUACAAGCAACCAGUCUUGGUUUCUUCUUUAGCAUAGACUUGGAUGAUGAGGCUCGACUGUGGAACGUGUUCUGGGCAGAUAACAGGUGUAGGCAAGCGUGUGAGGAAUUCAGUGAUAUAGUUACAUUUGACACCACGUAUUUGACUAACAAGUAUGAGAUGCCUUUCUCUCCUUUUGUUCGGGUAAACCAUCAUGGACAAUCAACUCUGCUUGGAUGUGGCUUGCUCUCAAAUGAAGACACGAGGACCUUUGUAUGGCUAUUCGAAACUUGGCUUGAAUGUAUGCAUGCUCAAGCUCCAUGUGGGAUAAUUACAGAUCAAGACCGUGCUAUGCAAAAUGUGAUUGAAAUCGUAUCAUGUCUAAAUUUUCCUAUCUUGAGCAUCAAAUUUAAAGCAUCGGUUCAUUCAAUUGUUGAUCAGGGAACAUCUUGGGCCGAGAAAUAUCCAAAAAUUCGAACUCUUCUGUGUUGCAAGGUCCGACAUCGUGGCGCCGUGAUGCAUUUGUAUGCUGGCGUUGCUGUUUCUUUUUACUCUGGGAACUGUGGUGCCCAGCUUACUGCUGUAAAUUCUCUUUUUGUUGGGCACCGUGGCACCUAA